GGUAAUUGAAAUCGACCUAAAGCUGCUUUUUCCAUUAUUCUAAAGGUAGAUCCGAUUAUUGCUGACUUAAGAUCGAAGUGUCUACCCCGAUGAUCCACCUCGGGGCUUUGCAGGUUCAUCCGAAGUGAAGACACAGACUGAAGAAGGACUUCUGGUUUGGUGCAAUUACAUUGGCGUCGUCUGUGGGAAUUGAACCCAUGAUCACGUUUAAAAGCUCUUUUGUUGCUUUCACAUCAUGGUUAACACUCGAUCUGUCCGAACUGGAAGUCAGGCUCAACCUCUUGGACAUGAUCAAGCUCAAUACCCCAACAACCUCCCACCUCAGAUCCCAAAUCUAUUCCUUCCUGUUGAACAUGCAGAAGGAGGUGAUGAGAACCAACCUCACAAUGCAACUCACAAUUCAACUCCCACCCCCAACCAGGGAGAUGUGUCACAGCUCAACUUGCUACCAUGCAACAGUAGUUCGGUGCAUUUCAGUUGCUUCAAAAUACAUCAACUCGAGACAUGUGAUGGAACAAAGGGCCUAGAUGAUCACCUACAUGCUUUCUACUCCUGUAUGCAAGCUCAGAACGUCUCUGAUGCGUUGAUGUGCAAAAUCUUUCGCUCCACUCUCCGCGGGAGUGCACCAGACAUUAUGUAUUAUCAUUGUUUUGAGAACUUAAGACUAGAUCCAGCUCUGUUGCAGAGGUAUAAUGGUCCCAUAUAUGGAUUCAACAACCAACCUGUUCAGGUUGAAGGGGUCCUUACCCUUAAUGUUGCGUUUGGAAGUGGCCGGACUUAUGUGACUCCCUCAAUUUGGUUUUUGGUUGUCAAAAUGGCUUCCUUUUUCAAUGUGGUUGUUGGCCGACCUACAUUAAUAGAAAUCCGAGUUGUGGUCUCUCAAUCUCACCUCUAUGUGAAGUUCCCAACGCCUAUGGGGAUAACAACAUUAUGUUCCAAUCCAGUGUUGAUCAAGAAAGCAAAUGACAAAUGGCAAAUGUGCGUUGACUAUACUAACCUUAAUCAAGCUUGCCCUAAGGAUUGCUAUCCAAUGUUGAGCAUUGAUAAAUUGGUUGAGACAGCUUCUGGAAAGGAGAGAUUAAGUCUCUUAGAUGUAUAUUUUGGUUAUCACCAAGUUCUGAUGGCUCUUGAGGAUGAAGAGAAGACUUCGUUCUAUGCAGGCGAUGAAAUCUAUUGCUAUGUCAUGAUGCCCUUUAGCUUAAAAAAUGCCGGUGCCACUUACCAGAAAAUGAGCUUGAAAGUGAAAGAUCACCUAGUUGACCUCGACGAAACAUUCAACAACCUCAGAAAGAACAAAAUGUGGUUGAACCCAGCAAAGUGCAUAUUUGGUGUGGAGUUUGGGAAAUUUCUAGGCUUCAUGGUGUCUAGGAGGGGAAUUGAGAAGUGGUUUGAAUGGAACUCAGAAUGCCAAGCCGCAUUCGAUGAGCUGAAGUCUUAUCUAAGCUCACCUCCUCUGUUGACAAAGGCUAUAGAUGGAGAGAUCCUUUAUUUGUACCUCGAUAUCUCAGAUGAAGCGAUCAGUUCUGUGCUAGUGAAAGAAGAAGGGAAACAACAGAAACCAGUUUAUUAUAUCAGCAGCAUACUACACGGAGUAGAGCUAAGAUACCCUGUUGCUGAGAAAAUAGCAUUAGCAAUUGUUACUUCGGCUAAAAAGCUAAGGCCAUAUUUCCAGUCACACCAAAUCAUAGUCCUCACAGACCAACCUCUUCGACAGAUUCUUCAAAAGCCAGAGUGUUUAGGAAGAUUGAUUAAAUGGGCUGUGAAACCGAGGGAAUUCGAGGUAGAUUCACUCUCUAAGUUCGCAUCAGAUAACUCUCAGAGCUCCAUAUCAGUUUUUAUUGAAGUUUUAGAUCAGCCGAACUUCAUGAAGCCAAAAAUGAUGGAGAUCAACAUAGACUCAAAUACACUGAGUUGGACAAAUCCAAUUAUCUCUUUUUUACAAGAUGGGUUAGUACCUAAAGAUGAUAAGCAAGAAGAGAUGAGGUUGAGGAAGAAAGCGUCUUGGUACACACUCGUUGAUGGAGUCCUUUAUAAGAGAUCUUUCUCACUCUCUCUCCUCCGAUGCUUAAAUCCUUAUGAAGUUGAAUACGCACUUCACGAGGUGCAUGAAGGCGUAUGUGGAAACCACAUUGGUGCUAGAACCCUGACUCAUAAAGUCCUCAGACAAGGAUACUACUGGCUGAAUAUGUAUAAGGAUGCUACUCACUUUGUACAGAGGUGCUCGAAGUGCUAAUUCUUUGCACAGUUAACUCACCAACCAGCAUAAGAGCUCACCAACUUGGUGGCACCAUGGCCAUUUGAUCAGUGGGGACUUGAUCUUUUAGGCCCAUUCAUGAAAGGGGUUGGAGAUGUAACCCAUCUGGUUGUUGGUGUUGAUUAUUUAUGAAAUGGGUUGAAGCUCGACCAUUAUCUAGCCUUACCUCUAGAAAGGUCGAAGACUUUGUUUUCAGCUCAAUUAUCUGCUAACAUGAGAUCCCGAAUCAGAUUGUGGCUAAUAAUAGUAUUCAGUUUAA